AUGGCUGACGUUGAAGUAGGUAUCCCAGCUGCUGUUCCAUCCCUGACUCCUGCUGAUGUGGGGUCAAUGGACAUUUACCAGGCCAUCCAAGAGGUCCUGAAGACUGCCCUUAUUCAUGAUGGGCUCUGCAAGGGUGUCAAGGAGGCCACCAAGGCUUUAGACAAACGCCAAGCUCAUCUGUGUAUUCUAGCCAACAGCGUUGACGAGCCUUUGUAUCCAAAGUUGAUCGAGGCCCUGUGUGCUGAGCAUGGGAUCAACUUACUCAAGGUGGAUGAUGCCAAGAAACUGGGAGAGUGGGCUGGUCUGUGCAAAUUAGACAAGGAAGGCAAAGCAAGAAAAGUCAAUUCUUGCGGGGUGGUCGUUGUCAAGGAUUAUGGAGCAGAGUCUCCAGCAUUAGACGUGGUGAGAGAAUACUUCAAGAACCAAUGA